AUGUCUUUUUUUCCGUUUUCUCGGCCGCUCCAUUCCAGAUUGUCGGUCCACAUUCGAGUACGCCUCAAUCUGGCCGUCUCGACUGCGGUUUUAUGUGGCCUCUGGUCGGGAGGACAGACAGACGACCUGUACGUGCGUUCAGUUGCUGGUAGAACUGGUAUUUUCGAGGAUGGUGGAGUGUUCGUAUGUCUUGUUUCAUCUCGAGAGAGAUGUAAAGUAUGGGAAGGUCGUCAUGAUUGUCGUUAUGACGACAAUCGCCAGACGGCGGCCAAUCGGGCGGUUCAGAGUUGCGGCUUCAACUGCCCGCCUCCUCAAGGGAUUCUACAUUUUUCCACCCAAAUUGGCAUUUGUUUGCCGGUUGAUGUGAUUUUCGUUCCCUCCAACAUUUUUGGUGCAGAGCAAGCACAGAUCGGACGAUUUGCAUUACCAAUUGCAAUGCCUCAAGGCUGGAGCCCAAAAAAGUCAGUUUAUAGCCAUUUAGACAUAAAAAAGACAUUUCGAGGAUCCACCAACCAACCUUGGAAGGCCCUGACGCUUGAGUCCGAAUCCCGCUGGGCGACCGAAUCGGACAGAGUCGACGGACAAAAGGGCGUGGAAUCGAAGGGAUUCGGGCCAGAUCUUUUAUUCCUCGUUAGAGCUAAGUCAUCCGUUCGACCUCAACUGGCCAGAUUCUUUCACAUGCUCGAGGCGGUGUAA